GGAAGAAAAUACAAGAAGGAAGAGCAAUUGCACCUAAGUAAUAAAGACACCAUGCCUCGCAGACAUGCAUUUGGGAGGGUUGAUGAGGCCACCCACCCCGAUUCCAUGAGAGCCGCUUUGGCUGAAUUUGUCUGCACUUUCGUCUUUGUUUUUGCUGGAGAAGGCUCUGUCCUUGCUCUUGACAAGUUGUACAAGGAAACCGGGCCACUGGCUUCCGGGCUCGUAGUGGUUGCACUUGCUCAUGCAUUGGCACUGUUUUCCGCUGUGGCAUCCAGCAUCAACAUAUCAGGUGGCCAUGUAAACCCUGCUGUUACCUUCGGCUCACUUGUUGGUGGCAGGAUAUCGGUUAUUCGAGCUGUCUAUUAUUGGGUUGCCCAGCUCUUGGGUUCUAUUGUCGCAGCUCUCUUGUUGAGGCUUGUCACCAAUGGCAUGAGACCAGUUGGGUUCCAUGUGCAGUCAGGAGUUGGAGAGGUGCAUGGGCUUCUAAUGGAAAUGGCACUGACAUUUGGUGUGGUUUACACAGUGUAUGCAACAGCCCUUGAUCCUAAAAGGGGAAGCUUGGGGAUCAUUGCACCUCUAGCAAUUGGGUUCAUUGUGGGGGCAAAUAUCUUGGUUGGUGGUCCGUUUGAUGGGGCCUCUAUGAACCCAGCAAGAGCUUUUGGGCCUGCUUUAAUUGUGUGGAGAUGGAGAAACCAUUGGAUAUACUGGGUUGGUCCUUUCCUUGGAGGAGGCUUGGCAGCACUCAUAUAUGAAUACAUUGUGAUCCCCACAGAGCCAGUACCUCGCCAUGCUCAUCAGCAUCAGCCCCUGGCUCCUGAAGACUAUUAGUCGUCUUCUUCUAUCAAAUUUGCAUCAUAUAUUGUCUGUAAUUACGUUUACCUUGUUUUGUAUGUUCGGUGUCUUGUGUCUUUCACUGCCUUUUGGGUCUGGAACAUUGUGAUCGUGAGCAGAUUGUCUAUUGUCAAGUGUAGCCUAGGCCAUGAAUUAUGAUGCGUGGAAAUAAAGGCGUUACAGCCGCUUUCUAUUACUGUAUUUUAUUGCCUUUCGUCUUCCUACUGCUACUAGGGUAAACGUAAUCCUAUUGCUUCUUUUUCUUAGUCAUAUGCGCAAAUUUUUUCA